CAAUUAAUACAUUUGUAAUGAUUUUUUCGAAGCAAUUCGAUGAAUUAUAAUCAACAAAAGAUAAAUCUUCAAAAGUUGAAUUUGGUAAACCUGAGCAAUCAGCUGUUUCGAUUAGUUUUCAGUGACAGAUGGUGCAUGGCAGGAGGGAGUGUUACAAGUAGAUAACUGUGAUGAGUUAUGAUCCAUUAAGAAACGUCUAAUAAGAAGACUGAAAUUCUGUUCAAAAUGGCUAUGCGAAAUUUGACGGAACCUUUUAUUUUAAUGCGAAAUAAUGCUUUACAAAGCAAACAUAUAUAUGCCGAACAAAACCUCUCUGAUCGAAUGGCACUAGUAGGUUCAGAUUCUGGUACUUCUGAUAAUGUUGAACUUAAAAAUGUUAAUUUGGAAACUAAUGCACCACCUGUUUGGACGGAUGCCUUGGAAGAGACACAAUAUAUUUUAAGUAGAUUACGCGUAAAAAUAGAAAGCUUGGUAGAGUUACAAUCUAAACAACUAACUAGACCAACACUAGAUGAUACGUCACAGGAGGAAAGACAAAUGGAACAGUUGACACGGGAGAUAGGACGUGCAUUUUCUAAUGGUUAUCAUCAAGUCCAAACUAUAAAAACAGAAGCAAGGCAUGCUUCUAAUCCCACGGAGCGUCGGCUAGCAAUAAGCGCGGUGAUGGCUCUUUCGACUGCAUUGCAAGAGUUGGGACUUAGAUACAGAUCAGCUCAGAAUUACUACUUGACACAGGUAAAAUCAAGGGAAGAGAGGAGCAAUCAGUUUUUUACAGAAGAUCAAUCAAUAUUUUUGAACAAUGCUUCAACAGAUACAUGGUUAAUGGAGUCAAAUGAAAUAAGCACAGAUUCAUGGCAUGAAAAUGAACAAAGACAAAAUUCUGUACUUCUACAGUUAGAAGAUUCAGAAGAUAGAACGAAAUUAGCCUUGGAAAGAGAAGAACAAAUUGGCAACAUAGUUCAGAGCAUAGCAGACCUCAGACAUAUAUUCAAAGAUUUAGCGACUAUGGUGCAGGAUCAAGGCACUAUUUUGGAUAGAAUUGAUUACAAUAUUGAACAGACACAAAUACAAGUACAGGAAGGCUAUAAACAAUUAAAAAAGGCAGAUUCUUAUCAAAGAGCUAAUAAAAAAUUAUAUUGUAUAGUCAUACUUGCGGGAGCUAUUAUUCUAGUUAGUUUCUUUUUCGUCAUAUUCAAAACAUGAAGCACAGCUCGCGUACGAAUUUCAUGAAUAUACCUUGAUGUACAAUUAAUUGUGAUUAAUUAACUUUUCUUAAAACAAAGAUAUUUAUUGUAUAUAUGUUUUAAGCAAGAAUCAUAUUUUUUAGCAUAAUUAGUAAUUUGUAAAAGUUUGAAGAUGCAAGAUGAAAAAUUAAACGUUCAAUUCGAACGCUAGUUUUUAUAGGUAUCUUGGAUAAAGAACGUUACUUUUCAUAUAUAGUUAAAAAGAAAUACGUUAACUUUUAUCGCUGAACAAUUCAAACCGUUUUCUCGUUUUUUUUAUCGAAAUCAUUCCAAUAUCAAAUUGCGGUACUGUUUCUUUCGCGCAGACUACAUACGACUUCAACGGUAGCAAAUAUUCGUAACAGAUGCAUUGAAAUGUAUUUUACAUUUAGAUCAAGUAUAACAUAUAUUUAUCUCGAAAACCUAUCUUUUCGAAUAAGUUGGGAUUUGAGGGGUGAAAAGAAGUGGAACGUGUUCAAAUAAAAUAUAUUAUGCGAAUAUAUCGCUAUUGAUCGAUGUAUUACCUUUCAAAUGUUUCUCUGCCAUCGAAACACCGAUAACUUAAGUGGUAAUAUAAAAGGUGGUUAAAGUAAAAUUGAAUAGUUUCAGAUAUGGUUUUCCAAUACUCUUUCUUUAAUAAACGAAGAAUGUUUUAUCAAAUGCAUGUUAUAAAUGUUAUAAUUUUAUAUAGCAUUAAUGUAAAUAUUUUAGACAAACAUUUUAAAAACUUCUUGACAAAUAUCAAGAUAAAUAAUAUUUUACUUUACAAUGUCUUAAUUUCAUGUUCCAUGCUUAAAAGUACAAGAUAACUCUUUCUCAAACAUUGCACCUUUUAUCACAGACUGAGCGAUACAUCUAAUUCUAUGUAUAUGUAAUUUAAUCGCAACCGCCUAACGUGUGUAUAUAGAUUGACUUUAAGAAAGCGUAUCGGAACUAAAGAAUUAAACAACGUCCCUGUCUGCCUACUUGUAUAUAUGUUACACAUAUAUAUAUAUAUAUAUAUAUAUAUAUAUAUAUUAUACGUACAAGCGUGUACGCGGUAUUCUGUGUACGUUGUAAAUAUCUAUCGAGCGUCAUAAAAAUCCUACGUUACAAAUUGUACAAAUUGUUUGUUAAUAAAAAGACUAUAGAAGAAAAUUGAAGAGUUUAUAGAAUUUAUAAAGAACUUUUACGUAAAGAACAAUUCGAUGUCUGUAAGGUAUAAAAUGCAACAGGAUACCGUAACAACGUUUAUUCUAAUAAAUGGAAUGCGAUAAAUGCUGAUAUUAAAA